AAAAAAUGAUGAUCAAAGAUAUUCAAAACGCAGUUAGAGUCGAGAAAGGUGCGAAAGACGUGCCUCUUCAAUCACCAGGAGAUUACGUUAGAUUCAUUAGCCCCGAGGUCUACAGAUCCAACAGACAGAAAUAUCUCAGAAGUUACACGUUUAAAAGCUACGAUGAUAAAGAAAACUUUUCGGCCAAGAAACACGGGAAGUGGUUCAAGAACAAGAAGGUGAUGAAGAAGAUGAAGAAGACGACUGACUCUCUUGGCAACUCCCUCAAGACUUGUCUCAGGCUCUUCUUCUCUUGCUUUCAUGUCUGAUCAUUUCCAUUUUCUAUUUGUUUUUUUCUAAUCGUAAUUUCAAUCUAUCUUCACUUUUCCUUCUGAAUAACUUCGAACUACUUGUAUAAGUUUAACUAAACUGAAUUCGAACAUCAGUUUAAUUUUUUGGAUUAUUCAGUAAACAUGUAUUUAUCGUA